UCAUCGUCGGAUGUUGAUUCAGGACUUUUCUACAGCGCUAGCGUCCCUGCCUCCUUUUCAGAUUCUGCUUGUUGCAAAUUGCGAACGAAGCGAAGCAGCUUGAACGACGUUACGUGGAGAGUGGGCUGCCAAUUCGCUGUAGACUUGCACGCAAAGGUACCGCGAUGAAAUCGGCGGGAGGCAACUCUUUGCUGACUGUUUGUGUUUGGCUGGCCACUAACCUGCUCAUUCAUCUGUCACGCGCCGGUGCUAGUGGUAUUUCACUGGAUGGCGCUGCAAGAACGUUGAUUUACGACGGCCACGGAGCUCUCUCAGCAGGCGCCUCGUCUCGGCUGUUAGUGGACUACGAGGAACCGUGGAGGUCCCAUAUCUUAGACUACCUAUUCUUACCGAACUUCGGAGCAAGCUUGCAUCUGAUCAAGGUUGAGAUCGGUGGGGACACACAGAGUACAGAUGGCACAGAGGCAUCGCACAUCCACUCCAUCAACCCGCCGCUACGCAGCUGCUAUGAGGGCUACGAGUUCUGGCUGCUGCAGGAAGCUCGGCGUCGUAAUCCGAAAAUCCUGACGUACGCCCUGUCCUGGGGAGUGCCAGGCUGGGUUGGUAAUGGUACAUACUACAGCAGUCAAGACAUCGACUAUCACAUUGACUUCAUGAACUGUGCAAGGGAUGUGUACGGAGUGACUAUGGACUAUAUGGGAAUCUGGAAUGAAAGGCAGUGGGGGACACCAUCUUGGACCAAGCAAUUCCGGUCGGCAAUGGAUGAAGCUGGAUACACAGGGACCAAGAUAGUCAUACCAGAUGGUGGCCUCGGAAAGGACCUGCUGGCGGCUCUUCAAACCGACAGUGCCUUCUUGGAGUCGGUCGCCGCUGUUGGCCUGCACUAUCCAUGCAAUCAUCCAGCACCGGAGGUUAUCGACAUGGGGCUCAAGUUCUGGUCCAGUGAAGACUACUCUACUGUGGGUAACUGGGCUGGUGCUGGCUGCUGGGGUCGUCUCUUCAAUCAGAACUACCUCAGAAUGAACAUGACAUCGACCAUUUCUUGGUCUCUCAUCUGGAGUGUGUAUCCUGGUCUUCCAUUCUACGGCAAUGGACUUAUGUACGCGUAUGAGCCGUGGAGUGGUUACUACACAGUCAACUAUCCUAUCUGGACAUCAGCACAGACCUGUCAGUUCAGUCAACCAGGCUGGGUAUAUCUUGCUCAAGGUGAUCCGACCAAACAAACCGGUGCAAUGGGAUCAGGGUACUUGGCUGGUGGAGGAUCUUUCAUUACUCUUGUUCCACCAACCAGUGAUCCUAGUUCAACUCUGGGAAAGAACACUGUAGCCAUGGCAGGUGGCGGAGACUUUUCUCUCAUCAUUGAAAAGCUUGAAGGAGACUGCCUUCGCUGUAAAGGACAAACCACCACGAGCGAGACUGUGGACUUUGUGCUAUCAGGUGGUCUUGGUGGUUAUCCUGAUGGCUCAGUGAAGAUCAGCUCUCUGAGACUGUUUUGUACAAAUUCCACUGUUGGAUUUCAACAGCAUGCUGAUGUACUAGUCAACACUACGGAUGGUUCGUUCCGAGUGGACAUGUACAAAGACUCAAUCUGCACGGUAUCAACAACAGUAGGUGCACACCAUGGUGUCCAUCCUGAUCCUCCAGCAUCACAGCCAUUCCCCUACUCAUAUUCAACAUCAUUUGAUGAUUACAACAACAUCAGCCAACAGGCAUUGUAUUUCACUGACCAAGGAGGCUCAUUCAUUGUUAGCGUUGAGGAAGACUCUCCUCCCCAGUACUUCUUGCUACAGGUGACGACCCAGCCUCCUGGCUACAACCAAUGGGUAAACAACCCAUUUCCAACUACAAUGAUCGGCAACUCAAUGUGGGUGAACGUGAGCAGCUCAGUACGAGUACGACUGGACAAGCCAUCUUGGCCAUCAUAUGAUAAUACAAUGCAUGUCGGCCUCUGCAACAAUGUUCCUGCUAGUGGUUGGGCAUUCGGUGGCAAAUACAUGACUCCCUCUGGCGUAUGUGUCAUUGUGCAAAUGGAAGUGGAUUCCCCAGGCUCAGGCCAGUGGAUGGUUGUAGUCAACAAGCCAUCCAGCGGUUCCCUAGUCCAGCACCAUGCCAACAUCUCUGUUCAGUUUGGCGAUUGGGUAGAGGUAUCACUUGCUACGACAGCCCUUGGCUUUAAGGCAUCAGUGAAUUCCGACACGGUAGUCAAUAGCUCCUGUACGGACUGCGCUACGUAUGAAUCAGGGUAUGUGGCGCUGACAUCCGGCUGGCACUGGGCAAAGUUUGAUGACUUCAACGUGUCUGCCGAGCGUCCCCCUCCGCCGCCACCGAAUUCCUGGAUACAGCAGCUAUCAAUUGGCGGUGCAACGCGGCGCAAUGACUUCACUGGCCCAGUGGGCGCAGCUAUACAACCGACGGCCACGGUGACUGCGCACAGCCUGGGCCGGUACUACGGACACGGAAACGGCAACGGACAACACCACCUCCGCCUCUACCAAGUGUCGGCUAACAAGACGAUUGCCGACGUCGUCGUGAAUGGCGCUGGGCAAGUGACUGAUUCUCUCGGCUUCAUUUACCAACAGCUGUCACCGCCUGUUGUUCUUCAGCCAGGGGAGAAGUAUUACUUCACAUCUGAGGAGAUCACCGGCAGUAGCGACUAUUUCUUUGGGCAAGGAGACGAUAACCCAACAGCCCAGACAGUUGAGCAGCUACAGCUAGUCGACUCUGUGUACUAUUUUCAAGGUGCCUGGGAUACGAUUGGGGAUUCUGGCAGCAUGUAUGGACCACUGAACAUACUAUUGCAUUGACACACACCACAUGCAUGCUCAUUGCAAAUCCUCCUCGUGUCCAUAAUCAGAAAUAUAAAAUCUGAUGGCCCUGUA